AUGUGGAAAUUUGUAAAACUGUCUUUUCACUCAUUUACUCCUCCAUUUCGUGGACUCAUAAUGAGUACACAUAAAAUAACUAACUCACAGGAUAUUGCUGAUACAGCAGCAGAUUUUUUUGAGAUACAUGUUCAAGUACCAAAAUAUGAUGUAAACAAUCCUGUGCAUGUGGAUGCAAUAAUUUCAUAUAAUCAAAUUGAAUAUACUCCAAAUGUCCCAUUGGAACAAAUUACAAUAAAUGAAGUACUAAAUGGAUGGAAAAAAUGUAAAGGAAAAAAAUCUACAGACAGUGUUGGAACGUCUGCCUACAUGUUGAAACAACUUCCUAAUGAAUAUAUGGGGAUAUUAACAAUACUUUUUAAUAAAUGCGCACUAAAAUGGAGUUUUUUCGAAGCUAGUAAACAUGCUAAAGUGAUUUGUUUAUCCAAAUAUGGACUAUUUCCAACAGUUAAUAAAUUGAGACCGAUUUCUUUAUUGCCAAAUGUUGGGAAAUGGUAUGAACGUAUCAUUCAUACUAGAAUACUAAAUUGGUGUGAACAAAACAACAUUUAUGUAGAUGAACAAUCAGGACUUACAUCGCAUAGAAGACUACAAACAAGAAUUAUAUCGUUAGUUGAAGACAUAAAAUUAACAAUAACUGCGUGUAACAGACCCCGUACUUGUUAUAUUUGCUAA